AUGCAUGUCGUUGGAAGCAGAGUGUGGGAGAGGAAACUUAUACAUGUGUUGGCUUUCAGAGGUUCUCAGCCCAUUAUGACUGCCUUGUCGAAUAAUGUGGAAGACUUUCAUCUCGUCACCCUUUCCAGCAUGGUCUUUUUCAUGCAAGCUGGGUUUGCAUUUCUGGAAUCCGGUUCCGUGCGCGCCAAAAACACCACGAGCACUCUUUACAAGAAUUUUACGGAUGCCAUUGUUGGCUGCUUUGCGUAUUGGGCGUUUGGAUACGCUCUAGCGUUUGGUGACGGAAACGCAGUGUUUGGCUUUGAGCACUUUUUUCUAUCAAGUAUUGGGAUUCGUGAUAGAGAGUUAGUACACUGGUUUUUGCAGUACGUCUACGCAAUCACAGCAACGACAAUCGUCAGUGGUGCAAUGGCUGAGAGAACGAAAGUGAAAAGCUACCUGAUAUUUUCAUUUGUUUGCACAGGAUUUAUACAGCCGAUAGUUGUCCAUUGGAGUUGGUCAGAAGAAGGAUGGCUGCGAUCAGGAAUUCACAUCGAUCAUUUCAACACAACAGUUCGUUACGAAGACUUUGCUGGUGCUAGUGUUAUCCACGUGGUAGGCGGAGUAGCAGCCAUGUUGGGAGCGUCUCUGGUUGGACAACGCAGCGGUCGCUUCGACGAGAGUGGGAAGUUGGUUAAAAUAUCACAACCAACUACAACUAUCUCGAUUCUUGGCGGAUUUAUCAUCAUUUUUGGGCUCUUUGCAUUCAAUCUUGCGUCUUACCAAUCACUCACUGGAUUUGGCGAUGGUGCUGUGUACGGUGUCAUUGCUGUCAAUUGUAUGUUGGCUGCAUCGAGCGGUUGCUUCACAGCGAUGUUGUUCAAUCAUUUUAGAGAAAAGGAAAGGUCGGGACAAUGGAGUCUUACCACGGCAAUAAACGGCUGCCUUGUCGGACUGGUGGCAAUAAGCGCCGGUGCCAAUUCUGUCUACCCGUAUGGAGCCUUCGUGAUUGGAGUAGUUGCCGGUAUAGUGUAUGUUAUCACAAAGAGGAUGGUUGUGAAGUGGAGCGUAGAUGAUCCUUUAAACGCUGUAGCAAUUCAUUUUGGAGGCGGAGCUUGGGGAGUUAUCGCAGUUCCGUUUCUUCAUCACGACCUUGGAUUAUUCUACAGACACGACAAAGUGUCGAUGGCUCUAAUUGGCUGGAAUUUGCUCGGUCUCUUUGUCAUAAUCCUGUGGACUCUGAUUUGGUGUAGUCUCGUAUUUGGAAUUCUGACGUGCCUCGACAUUCUUCGUGUCUCGCCUGAUUGUGAAAGAAAAGGGCUCGACGUGACGAAUUUUGAGGGCGCCGCUUAUGCGCAGGUGCAGAAGAAUAAAGUCUUUGUGAAGUCUCAACCAUCGAGCAUUCAUCUCGUUUCUUCUCUACGGAAAAUGUAUGGCAAUAGAGACAGAAAUUCAUCUUCCAUGAUUCCACAACGGUGGAGAGAUAGAAUGAGAAAGAAACAAGAGAUGCUACCUGAGAGUGACGCAAACGUCCCGGAUGGCAAUGAAAGUGAAAGCAAACCGAACGUAAGAGUUGGAACGACUACACCUUUAGGCGACGGCUUGGAGAUGUCCGUUGUCUAA